UGUUUAUGGAAGUUCUGACUUCAGUAUUGAAGCCCAGAAGGGAAGCAAUACGCAAUCAGAAGGGUGGGAAAAAGAAUCAUUAGAUAUUUCCUCCAAUACUAUUAUUUAGUUAUUCAGCUGUGUUUAAAAUCAUUAACAUUUACAUGUCAGCUUUUGAAUAAUUUAUGAAAAGAAAAGGACGCUGAUCCAUUACAAAUAUCUUCAUGCUCUUUAAUUUGAUACCUUGCGCUGAAACAACUGAAGCAGUUAUGAAGUAGUUCAAAGAGGUAAAGUGUAUUGGAAUAGAAUAUACAGUAUAUUACUCUUGUGUUUCAACUAGUGUAUCAUCGCCUGCUACCUACGCACACACACAUCGUGGAGUCCGCCACUUUUCUACAGUAGCCUGUGAUGGACAAACCAAACAUGAGCUCUAAAGAGACAUUUCUUUGUUAUUUUUGGGCCCUUGUCUUUUUCCAACACGCUUGGUUUAAACUGUGGUAACAUGAGCUAUAGAGCGAGGUUUAUUCAGCUGGUUGCAACCUGCAACCGCCCGAUACCACUUUACAGGGAACACUACAAAAGAUAAUUCAGUCUAAUUAUCCUGAAUCAUCAAAAUCUGGUGCUCGGGAAGACAAUGACAAAGAAAGAACACUGUGUGACACUGACCCUGAGUUUUAUUGUGUGCGAUAAGAACAAAUAAAAUAGAAUAAAAUAACUAUAUUCAUAUACUGUAUAUCUACUGUUCCACAUUCAAAUUAAAAAAUAAGGGUUGGAAAAAAUGAAAAAUUGUUAUUUGGUUGGUGUCUCGUGUAGAGUCUGUGCAGCCCUCAAACCAGAUGUCCUGCAGUGGCCUUGUUUUUGUCUGCACGCUCUGCAGCGUCCAGUGGCUUUUUGGGAUGCUUUGCCAUUUGCGCUGGCAUUGUUUGGGGAAUCAGGAUUCGCUGCCUCAGAACAAUGCGAUGAGCCUGGAUGAAUAUUUUCAGUUCACACAAAGAAAACUGUGCCUUGUUUUAUUGUGUGUGUUCUGUAUAAAGGGAAUAUUGGAGGUUUGCUGCAUAAGGGUUUUACACAACGCGACCAGACCUUUUGGUAUUAACGGAGAAGGUGCAUUUUCACAUAUUCAAUGCGGCACAACUUACACAGUAACAUUUUAAUUUGCAUGUAUAUCGAAGCGUAAUAUGUAACGUUAUGUAUAGCUUUUAUUCUUGUACGUGUUAGGAAGGUAAGUCAAGAGAGAGAAAUUACUCAUAUGAGGAAUUUUUUUUCAAGAGAACGCAAAAAAUAUGCAACACUGCAAAGUGUCUGGAGGCACCUUCCGCACUACAGGGGGCGCCAGUACCUGCUGGAGAGGGGCCUGUGCAGGCGGGGCUCUGCGUUUAAAUAUAAACCCACUUACAUUACGUGUACUUUAACUGAUGAUCACUUUAAACGGAUGUUUGAUAUGCUGCCGUCAUAAGAAAGAAAAAAAAAUUGUGAUUUCAUUCGUUUGUAACUUUGUAAAGCUCAAAGUGUAUUAAGACGAUCAUUCAAAAAGAUUUACGACCAUAAAAUACUUUCGACAAAAACAAAACGAAUCCCAGAAUUGGAUUUUCAAUAUUCCAUUUUUAAAAUGCUUGACGGGUGAUGGGUGGUGAGUGAAGAUUUGUGCAAUAUAAACUUUAUACAUUAAACGCAACAUAACAGCAAGAAUAAUUCAAACAAAGUGACAGCAUGGCGUCUCGAUUUCUGCAGCACAGAAGUGAUGGAACCUCGUUCUCUAAAACAAUUGCAGCAUCAGCUGAUGUGCCAAAGUUAAUGGAGAGCUCAUUUGAAUGACAAUAAAAUCUACUGGCAGUGCAUUUCAUCGGCCUUUAUAUGAAAGUGAAGCAUCGGUAAUGCAGUGUGAAAGGGGAGCUUUGAUUUGGUGGGGUGAGGAGCAGCACGAGGCGACCAUGGAGCACACGGGGAAAAUCUUCUUCUAUGAGGACAAGAACUUCAAGGGUCAUCAUUACGAAUGCAGCAGCGACUGUCCCGAGCUCAACUCUCACUUCCAGCGCUGCAACUCCAUCCGGGUGGAGGGCGGCUCCUGGGUCAUCUACGAGAGACCCCAAUUCAUGGGCUACCAGUACGUCCUGGUGAGAGGGGAGUACCCCAACUACCAGAGCUGGAAUGGCUUCAACGACAUCGUCCGCUCCUGUCAGCUCAUCGGACAUCCUUCCAGCACGCACAAGAUCCGCAUCUACGAGCGCGCAGACUUCGGUGGCCAGAUGGUGGAGGUCAGCGAGGAUCUGCCCAGCCUGGUGGAGCACUGGCGCUACCGCGACGUUCACUCGGCCCACGUCCAGGAGGGGGUCUGGGUCUUCUACGAGCAUCCAAACUACAGGGGACGCCAGUACCUGCUGGAGAAGGGAGAGUACAGACGGCACGCAGAGUGGGGGGCCCUCCAUCCCUCUGUGGGCUCCAUCAGACGCGUGGUGGACUCAUCUUAAGCGCUGUUACUUCCUGGUUUGCACCUUCCUCCACUUGUCGCAGUGAACCUUGCUCACCUGGCAAAUAAAAACACACCGACCGAAGCAUAAGAUGUUUUAUUUGGUGUGAUAACCAUUUUCAAAUUGGCCAACAUGGAUGUUACAGUUGAACCAUGAAAAUAAAGGUUUAUAUUCCUUGUU